UUGCUAUUUGAAAUUAUGAACCAAAGAAAGCGAAACGCGUUCACUUUAGCUUGGCUUUCUAUAUAUCUAAACUUCCAUGGUUCAAGCCUACACUAAAUAAUAUACUAGUUUUUCCAAAGCUCCACUUUAGUUUCAGCAGCUUUAAUACUCCUGAUCAUCAUCAUAUUUGAGACCAAGAAUGGAGGAAAAUUUGAAGACUGCAGCCCAAAAUGGAGACAUCAAUAAGAUUUACAAAUUGCUUGGGGAGGAUCCAAACGUCCUGGAUUGCAUCGAUGAUGUUCCAUUUAUUGAUACUCCUUUGCAUAUAGCAGCUUCUUUUGGUCAUGUUCAGUUUGCGAGGGAGAUUAUGAGAUUAAAACCAUCAUUUGCUCGGAAACUAAACCAAGAUGGGUUUAGCCCCAUGCAUUUGGCCUUGCAGAAUGGUCAAACCAAGAUGGUUCUUGGAUUUCUAAACUGUGAAAGCGAUCUUGCUCGGGUUCAAGGGAGAGAGGGUAAAACUUCUCUUCAUUAUGUAGCUGAACAAGGAGAAGUUGAUCUCUUGACUGAAUUCUUAUCAGCUUGCCCUCAGAGUAUCCAAGAUGUGACCAUUCAAAAUGAGACUGCUUUGCAUAUUGCAGUGAAGAAUAGCCAUGUUGAUGCUCUUGAUUUCUUACUUGGAGGACUACGCCGAGCCUGCUAUCGAGGUUCUGACAUCCAAGAGAGAAAAAUUAUAAACUGGAAGGACGAUGAAGGGAACACUGUGCUCCACAUUGCAACCGCUAUGAAUCAAUCUCAGGCAGUGAGAUUGUUAAUAAGUAGUAAAAUUAAAGUAAAUGUCAAGAACUUAAUGGGUUUGACUGCUCUAGACCUCUCGGAUCCUAACAGCGGACAAGUUAGAGAAACUCUACUCAACGCUGGAGCUUUAAAUGCUCAAUCACUUCCCCAAGUUUCCAACGACUCCAGAGAUCAUCUGAGAUCAAGUCUGUCAUGCAAAGAAAGUACUGCAAUAUCUAUUUCUCGUUUCAAAAAGAAUACAAGUAAUGAUACACGCAGUGUGUUCCUAGUAGUUGCGGUGCUGAUUAUUACGGCCACUUUCCAGGUUGGACUAACCCCUCCUGCACAUGUUUUUCUGGACCUCAAUUUCGACAACAGCAAUAACAACAAUGCUCUGGACGUAACUCUUGUUAACACCACAAGUAGAAUUAAUACCACUGAAAUUCAGCUCAGUAAAAAUGAAGGGAGUUCAAAAGCAGACCAACUACGGACACUAAUUGCGUUCAUGUUAAGUUACUCAGACACCAUGUUGAACAGCGCAACUUUUUUUAGUGCCAUAAUGGCUCUCUAUUCGCUUCUCCCUGAUGGGGAAGUGAAUAAGAUGCUGUCAUUACCUCUGUUUAGUUUUGCUCUGUGCUUUAUGUCUUUUUCUCUAUACAGUAAUCCCGUACUAGUAAUCUUAUUAUUUUUAUUAUUGCCACUGUCAGAUCGAGUUUUUAAUAUUUGGGUGAUAGACUGGCUUAAAAUCUUCAACAGUUUUCGAAAAACACGAGGACAGAUUCAGUGAGAGAUAGUUAAAAUGAUUAGUGAGUGCUAUUCUAUUAUCUGUUUCUUGGUCCCAAUGUAUGAACAAGGUAGGAACCACAGAGUUGUGCUGUGUAUUCCUAAUGAUAUGAUCAAAUGUUGUAUUCUAUGGAAUAUUUUGGACAAAUACAGGUCGCGUAUUUGAAUACAAGAAAAGUUGUAGAAUUGCCUUGCAGAAUACAUAUGCAUAUCAUUAUUUUGUUUGGAUUUUGAUUUCCGGCGAAAAUCUGUGGCUGAAAAACCAUAAACUUUGAGAUAUCUGAAGAAUGCUAUAGAAUCAGACCCUUCCCUUGCUCUCCAUUCAUCCGAUGAGGGAACAUCAGUGCAACUGGAUGAGACAUUUGGCUGUCUUUUA